AUCACAAAUGUCAGAAAAUACUCAAAGUGAGCUCGUAAUCGUUCCCAAAUCGUUCCUUUUGUGACAUUUUUGCGAAACGUCCACCGCGUUUCUUAGUGGAAUUUAUUCUAAAAAAUCACAUUAGGGCAUGGUCGAUAAAGUUUUCCAGUCAAAAACCCGUGAUAUAAAAACUCUCACCGUGGUUAAGUUUUUUCGUGCCAAGUGCAACUAAACUAUCAAGAUUCCGCCCAUAAUUCAAAGCCUACCCAGUGGGUGGCUUAAUUUGGGAGCACCGGGUGAGUCCGGCGCAGCUGGCAGUGCCGGGCGCCACGUACGCGCUCGCCCGACCCCCGCGCCCCGCCCGCGCCCCGCGCCGCGCUGCUGGCGCCGCGCGCUCAACGUCGACCCGCCCUGGCUGCGGCGCGCACCCGCCCGCUGACACACCUCCCAUCCGAUCACCUGACACUUGUGGACUAGCGCUAUCGGGCCUCCGCCACCGGGCCCCGAGACCACCUGACACCGCCCCCCUCCGCACCGCCGCACGCCCCCCCUCGCGCAGCAUAGCCGAUUGACUCGGCCUCGGCGUCCGCCGAGGCUACGGGUUCGUCGGAGGACUACGAGCCAGCCGCCUGACUAGCGCCCAGCCCAGCCGAGCAGGGUCUGAAUCUCAAGUCAAGUGAACGGGAAAUCCGUCAAGAUCCCCGUCGCGAUGAGGGUCGUGGAGGAGGAGCCGCGCGUGGUGGUGAUGGAGGGCAGCUGGAGUGCUGAGCGCGUGAUCCGCGACAUCGUGGAAGAUGGCGUCCAAGAGGACCCCUUCUACGUAAUGGACCUGGGGGAGGUGGUGGCGCGCUACCGCCACUGGAAGGAGCUGAUGCCGCGCGUUGAGCCGUUCUAUGCGGUGAAGUGUAACGACGACAAGCUGCUGGUGAGCACGCUGGCGGCGCUGGGCGCGGGCUUCGACUGCGCCUCCAAGGCCGAGAUACAGCUGGUCACGGGCCUGGGCGUGCGCCCCGAUCGUAUAAUCUUUGCCAACCCCGCCAAACCCGCGUCACAUAUCCGCUACGCGAGCGCAGCCGGCGUCAUCACGAUGACCUUCGACUCUGAGACCGAGCUGCUGAAGACCAAGCAGUACAUGCCGCACGCACAGCUGGUGAUCCGCAUCCGCUGCGACGCGACAUCCGCGCAGUGCCCGCUCGGGAUCAAGUUCGGCUGCGACCCUGUGGCCGAGGCGCCGCGCCUGCUCAAACUUGCUGCCGUCAUGGGCCUCAAUGUGGUGGGCGUGUCGUUCCACGUGGGCUCGGGCGCGCAGGAGACGGGCGUGUACGCGCGCGCCAUACAGUUCGCGCGCGCGCUGUUCGAGGCGGGCGACGCCGCGGGGCACACCAUGUACCUGCUGGACGUGGGCGGCGGCUUCCCGGGGAACAGCGGCACCUGCAUCCGAGAGGUGUCGCAAGUGAUCAACAGCGCGCUGGAGCUGCACUUCCCGUCGCGCUCCGUGCGUGUCAUCGCCGAGCCGGGCCGGUACUUCGCCGCCGCCGCCUACACGCUCGCCGCCAUGGUGCACGCCACCAGGAAGCUGCCAGCCAAGGAAGGCGAGAGCGAGGAGGAGGCGCACACCAUGUACUUCAUCAACGACGGCGUGUACGGCUCCUUCAACUGCGUGCUGUACGACCACCAGCAGGUGCACGCUGUGCCGCUCGAGCAAUCGUCGGAGCGGGCGCAGCAGUGCUCGGUGUGGGGCCCGUCGUGCGACGGGCUGGACUGCGUGCUGCCCGCGUACGCGCUGCCGCCGCAGCGCACCGGCAGCUGGCUCGUGUUCCGCGACAUGGGCGCCUACACGCUGCCCGUCGCCUCGCCCUUCAACGGCUUCCCCACGCCCAAGGUCCGGGCCGUGGUGGACAAACAUCUGUGGUCAAUGCUAAAGGAGCUCUGGCCCCUCACCGAGGCGAACUUCGUGUUCGGGCGCGUCACGUCCCCGCAGACCCCGCCGCCGUCCCCGCUGGACUCUGACCCGCCGUCCCCCGCGUCCCCGCCGUCCCCGCCCCCGCUGACCCCGCCCGCGCACCACGCCGUGUUCGUGGAGUGCGCGCUCAAGUGACGCACGCACCGUACUUACGAGCUGUACGCCGGUUCUGCAGCCGACGAGGGGCGCUGUCGUUAGACACUUAUGACAAUGGCACACAUUUCGUUUGAUUUUUUUUUCUUUAAAUAUUAACAUUUGAUUGCACAAUUAUUUUACAAAAACAGUUUAUUAUAUACACAAUUAUUCGAUGUGUUGGUUUUUAGGUGAUUUGAAAAUAAUUACAUGCAGUUUUAUAUGGUUUUUUUUAUAUAAUGUUAAAUCGCAAAACUUCAAUUAUGCAUAUUGUAAUAAAUAGUUUGAAAAUAAUUAUUACUUGCUAUAAUGAAUUCUAUUUUAAAUAAAUUAAUUUUCAUCAAUGUAUUUGUAGAGUGAAAUAUAAAAAAUAAUGUCCACUUGCUGUUGUGGUUUGACUUUUAAAACAUUUUAUUGGAAUAAAAUUAAUAGUGUUUCGCUAUUUUGUAUUGUUACUUAGUAUUUCUAAAAAUGUAUUAAGCCAAUGUAUUGUAAUUAAAUUAUUUAAAAAAAAUAUAUUACGCACUUUUACAAUAUUUAGCACUUUAGUUGUUUGUUAUUGUAGAAUGUUAGAAAAACUUAUUACUGUAAUAAUAAAAUAAUUAUGUAUAUGUCGAAAUUUAAACUAAUAUAAAUGAGGUGUUUCAAAAAUCAAAAUUAUUUAAAAUUUACAGUUACACUAAAAAUUAUCAAGAAACAUGUUUAAAUAUUUUUUUAAAUGAAAUAUUAUGUAAUGUAAUGGUUUCAUUGGCCCGUAAACAUUUUGUAUUAAAAGAGGAAUUUCAAAGUUUUAAUAGCCUCAAUAGCUUGGCAUUAAGUCAAAUCAAGUAGGUCUUGGAUUAAAUCCCAAGAAUAAAUUAGUUUUUUCCGAAUUUAUAUAACUAUAAUAUGUAUAGAUGUAGCAAGUUUUGAAAGACUCGUAGCAUUCUGAUUUUUUUUUCUCAAAUUAUUGUGUCUAAUGACGUAACACUUAUGCCCCUAGAAAAAAAAAGUUACAUUUUAUGCAAAUCUUAGCUAUCAAAUUUUUGAACGUGAAAUCAUUUAACCAUGCCUCAUGUGAUUUUUUUUGAUAUUCUACUGCGUUUUUCAAUACAAUUGCAAGUAAAAUCCACCCGAAAAACUACUACUGUGACUAAGCUGUAAUUAUUACAGUUUUUCAAAGACUUGUUUUCUGAAUGGUGACAAAAGACCUAUUUUAUGGGCAAAUGUAUUGAAAACAAAGAAGGCUGUAUGUCCUAUUUUAUAAACAGUGGGACAACAGUCUGAUUGCUUUAUUGCUUACUAACCAUUUGUCGUAAUUUGGAAAUUUAAAAUGUACUUAUUAUAUUAACCCCAAGAUUGUUUUUUUGCAUUUUUUUUUAUAUUUUUAGGACAUUCCUAAUACAUUAAGUGAGGUGAAAUUGUAAAUGGUUACGGUUAUAUUCAAUGUGUUGUCUUGAGAGUAGUACUGCUUUUAAAUAUACUUUGCUGAGAUGUA